CUUCAAGCAUGUCCUGCGUUUGAGGAUUUGGACAAAUAUCAAAAAUGUACGGAGUACUCCGUAAGAGUGAGCAGUGGUGCGAAGUUCUCAUUCCCUCAGCGCCCGGGCGCUUAGAUGCAGCUUUUCUUGGCGAGUCAGCAUGCGAUGCUCAGGUGAUUAUGUUUUUGCAUUAUCAAACCAACUGUGGCUGCGGGUCACGAACUCAUCAUCCGCACUUGAUUUCUGCGCCCGCAGCUCUGUCCUGGAAAAGGGGGGAAUAAAACCUUGUUCUUGAUGCAAAUUUCUUCAUCACAUGCCGUCACGCGCCUCGAGCAACGCCUGCGAGCUCAGUUUUGUUGUCGAAAGCUUUGCACGAUGAAGGGUGGAUCGGGAGACCACCAUCAUUGCAUUCCAGUGACAUCGAGUUGGAUGCAUCUUACCCGUGCGCCACCAGGCAGUUAUUUUACAACCGAUCAUGAAAACUCCCAGGUCUUGAGCCACAGAACCGCUGCGGCGGUUAAGUUAUCAACAGUGUGUACACUUUUCAUGCAAAGUGCAACAAGGAUCGAAGCUCUGUCCAAAGCACCUAGACUCUCAUUGUGGCACUUUAUAUAUCUAAAGGUGUUUUGUGAAACUACAAUCCGAGUGUCCCUACUUGGCGUCGCCAGAAAUGCUCCCAGCUUGCCCAUGCACAGCCUGUCAGCCCCCCGUUUCCCGGGCGAGGAUUUCCAUUUGUCGGGCGCACAAAACGCCAGCUUGAAGGAGCUUAAGAAGACUGGUUAGACUGUUGAAACAUUAAGCUCUUGUGCUCAAGCAUAGUAGUGCCAGUGGACCCUGGACUGGCCUCUUUUACUGCGUCGCAAAGCCACCACUAACCAACAGUCAAUGAAACAUGAAUGGAGAGCUGUUCCAGGCCAAUAUUGAGUUAUCUAUGGUGAUCAUUGCCCUCCGCUCAGUUGCGACGUGGCGCAUUAAUACUCAGGACUUGCAAAGUAACGCUGCUUCCAUAGCCAAGGAUACAUAUUAUAACACCAU